AUGCGUCGUCUUGACCCCAGAGUCAUAGACGACAUGCUGGCCUUCGCCGCCCGCGGCGGUCUCGGCCAAGCCACAGCCCUCACAGACUGCAUUGCCGAGGGACCCGACCAGCUCAUGUACAUCCAAGGCGACACUUUGAUCCUUCUCAAGGACGAGGGCGACGAGUUCCUCGCUUGCUGCGAGGGCGAGGUCGGCUGGGUCAGGCGUCACAACGUUAGCCUUGACGCACUCGCCUCUGGGAGCGCUCCCAGCUCGCCCGAGCCCAUCGCACCACCCUCACUCAGAGCCGAGUACGAUGUCAACCACGACGACGACAGCACCGGCGACGAAGGUCGAGGUCACACCCCGGUCAUGCACUCGGCAACGUGGGACGUCAUGGGCGACAGCUCUGAUGCCGAUGACACGGAUGCCUCACCGAUCGCUGCUGACCGCGCUCGCAGCGAGACGCCGCGGCGCCGAGCAAGCCCAACCGCCAGCGGUAGCAGCCACUCAUCUCAACAGCACAGCUCUAGUUCGGCGCCCACCCGGCCUAGACGCUCAAGUGGCAGACCACCUGCCGCUGCCGCUGCCGCUGCCGUCACGGCCUCGCCCCCGGCUGCUCCGGCACCCCUUGCACACUCUCGCACACACUCGGAGACCUCUUGGUCUACGCGCUCUAGCUCGAGCGCAAACGAGCCCAUCGGCCGGCUCGUGUUGGGCGGGUUCGCCCAGCAUAACAGCCCUUCAUCUGGAUCUAAUGCCACCGGCGUCGAGGAUUUCGCGCCAUCUCCUCCAACGCACGCGUCCGACAACUUGCCGCCCAUCGGUGGGCUCUCCUCCCUGACCGCCUAUUCGGCCCCACAGGCUCGGUCCGCACAAAUGCAUGAGGCGUCGAUGCGCCUUGGCGGCCCGGGCGUCGGUGGCGUAACAGGGAAUGUACGCUCGGUGAAUCGUGUGGAAUACGCUGCCGCCCCGCAGCGACAGUCUGUCAUGGUCGAGACACAGAGAUUCAGCGAGCUGUCGAGAAACAGCCAAGCGUCGCGAUACAGCGAAGCUUCGCGUAUCAGCGACGUCGGGACCGUUGGCACUGUCGACGAGGAGGAGUCCGAGUACAGCGAGGCCGAGACGGACCGUGCCGUGGCCGCGCCUUCCCCGACACCUUCCAAUGGGCCCAUCCCUCCGGCCCGCCCCCCUCGGCGCCGCCCUGUGGCGCUGGACCUCGACAACUGCGACUCGAUGGCGGAAGACUCGGACUGCUCCACCGCCCGCAUCGGCGAGUCGCCUAUUCCACAGACUCCGAUGUCGCAUGCGACCUUUGGAGGCGAGGGCCUGCGCUCGCGAGAGCUGCUCCUGUCCCCGGACCGUCUUCCCCGGGGCAACGGCAACUCGGACAAUAGAAUGUCUCAGUUCAGCAACGCCGACUUUGCGGACGACGAAGGAGAGCCCCACGUUGAAGCACUGGUUUCGCCCCCAUCCGAGGCCCAGGAGCAGAUGCCACAGGUUCAGAUGCCGGCAUUCUUCUCGAGCCAGCGUCGGCCUUCGGAGCCGGUACGCGAUGAUGCCUCUGACGACGGCACCAUCGGCCUCGCCUACAACGAGUCGCCGAGGUCAUCACUGGACUCGUUGAGCCGCAGCUCGGCCACUUGCUCUACGACCAGGCGCCGCCGUUCGCCUGACGUUUCUGUGUCUGACGAGACCGUCCUUGACACUCCACAGAGCAUGCCGGCACCCAGGUUCGGCCCGCCUAUCCAGGCUCGCUCCUUCGGCAGCGGAUCGUCUCACGAUGGCUCGAUGACCGGGCUCCAGCCGCCGCUCGUUAUAGAUGAUAAGCCUCGGGUGGACCGCCUGAGCCCCGACAAAGGCUUGUCGCCGUCUGACGCUCGUGCGUCAGCUAACCUUGAGUUGCCCAACGGGGCGCAGGUAGCCUCGAUCAACGACUCACCCACAUCAUUUGACUCGAGAUGGUCGGUCGAGUCCAGAAUCGCAGCCAAGAACGCCGCCCGUAACGGCUUCUACGCUCUGGGACACCACCCGCAGCUCACGGACGAGCAGCGCAAGUCAGCCAAAGACGCAUCAGCCGCUUUGAUGUCGCAGGUCAGCAUCGCCCCGUCCACCCUCAGCACCAUGCCUGAGCCCAGCACGUCGCCUGAACGCAGCCCGGAGUCCCGAACUGCGUGGGCCAACGCGAGGCCGCCGCUCGUAGGCCGCCUCCUUCCUACGACACUGGCGCCCGACGCCGGCUACCCACGCCAGCCGCAUACCUCGAGCUCUCUGGACUCUCACUUGACCCCGCAGGCUCCAUCCCGUCUCGACCCCAGCCCCAUGAUUGCGACGCCGCCCCAGAAGAGCUCCACCGCGCCCCAUGUUAUGUCCCCACCCCAUGCCGAGUCGUCACGGUCGAUUGCCCAAAACGCCACGAUGUCUCCACAGUCUGAGGUUCAACGCCGUCAUGGCGUGACCCUCGUUGGUCAGAUGGAAACCGACCUCUCGCACUCGCGCUACCCAGUGCCGAUCACCUUCCAUUACGGCGAUGAUGCUCCGCGGCAUGCAAGCCCCGGUGCGCAGGCUGGGCCGAUGUCUCCCCCGCAGAAUCAGCGCUACAAUUCGCCGCGACCUGCUCCGCCGACUCCCGCGAAACCUGGAUAUUCGCCAUCUCCGCCGUAUAGAAAGCCAUCGCUCGGAUCCAGCGGCCAUGGUGCCAGCGUUGCUCGAUCCGACUCCGGCCACAGGCCGUCGACCGAGAGUGCCAGGCGGUACACCCCCGAUGGCAGGCCGCACGCGCCGUCUGAGAGCAGCCACGGGCAUGGCCACCAGGCAACACCCUCGCCUCUCAGUGGACCUCCCGUCAACCGCCUGGGACACGUGGAUAUGCCUGCCCGCCAUUCCCCGCCAGUCGACUACGGGCGCUACGGCGCGCAAUCAUCGGAGAGCUCGUGCCACAGCACGCCGCCACACGAAACGGCUCGGCGGAUGGCUUCGCCCCCCAUGGCCAACAACCGGAGUGUCAGCGAUGAUCACCAUAUGCCAGCUUUCGCGGGGUCGUUCAAGCCUAUCCUGCCGUCUGCUGCGGCGCGCGCCGCCGACACGCCCCAGACGAUGACAGAGUUUCUUGGCGCUGGGCCAGUGGAGACGCCAAAGGCGUCCCGGUUCAAUUACUCGGAUGAGGUUGGCAUAGCGACGCCCCCGGGCCGGCGCAACGAGUCUCCUCACCACAUGUUGCCGGCCUUUGCGCGAGGAGGCGCCCCGGCGACUCCCAACUCCUUCGAGAGCAGCAACACGUCUUCGUCCAACGCAUCAUCGCUGCCCCAGCCGCCGCAAGGCCCUACACACCGUGCGCGGUCGCGAUCCUUCUCGGCUGCCAUCGCCAAGUCCUUCGGACGCAAGCAAUCUCUCGACAACCCUCCGCCCAUGCCUGCUGUGUCCGGAGGACGGAAGCCUUCGCUUGACUUUGGUUCUCGCAAACCAACUGUCACGGUCGGGCGCAAGCCGUCUCUGGAUCUCGCACCGCGCUUCGCCAACGUCACGGCUGGUCGCAAGCAGUCCCUCGACAUGCCGCCGCGACAGGCCUUCGUCUCGGCCGGGUCGUCCGCGUCGUCUAGCCCUAACCCUGGCAACCCCGCUGGGCAGCAGUAUCUUCACUCCGACCCCAACCCGUCCAGCGGUGCAACGCUUGGUGUCGGCUCUUGGAAGGCGUCGUCGAGAUUGUCAGCAAACUCCACCAAGGCUGUGCACCAUAUGAAGCUUGGCGAGUCAGUCCACCACAUGUCGCUGGAGGAUAAGCCCGUGCCCACAAUUCCCAGCGAUCUUCAGCGCAACCCAUCGCUUCAGUUGGAGAGGUCGGCUCCUCUGUUCCUGCCUCCUGCCCAGCCAUACACGGGCCACCAGCGUUCAGCGUCCGGGUCCGGCUCAUGGGGAAGAUCGCGGCCUCUCAUCACGACUGGCAUCUCUUCCAAGGACUAUGCCGACCCUACCGUCAAGACGGACGGCAUGGAGUUUGAAAUCCUGCAGCCGCGCAAGGCAUCCGCUCCAGUUGUCAAGCUGAACCUCGACGCGAGCGACCUGGGUCUCCUCCCGCCAGAGGAGUUGGCAAGAGAUGGUUUGGAGCCGCUCGUGCCCGAUACGCCGCCAGAAAUGGACGAGUGGGGUUUCCUCCGCGACCGGAGCCCUACGCCCGCCAUCUUCCAGUCGCGCAAGUCGGCCGGCGAUAUCCGCGCAUUGGAGCAGAAAUGGCGGGCCACCAUUUCUUCACCCCUCUCCCGAGGAGCGGUCAUCCCCAAGAAGGUCAAGCGCACGAUCAUAGAGCAGGGUGUCCCUGCAAGUUUGCGCGGGCGGAUCUGGGGCUGGCUCAUGUCCAAUGGCACCUCUGGUCGUGUGCCAGGCCUGUUUCAGCGCUUGGUAUCGAAUGAGCCUGGUCCGUACGACACGCAAAUCGACCUCGAUGUGCCCAAGGUGUACGCGGACCACUCGGCGUUCUUCCGCCAGGGCUCGCCUGGACAGCAGGAUCUACGCACCCUUCUGCGGGCGUUCUUGCACUUUAUGCCCAAUGGCUAUCGCUCUGAACUCGCGUUGAUCGCUGGGGCGAUGCUCAUUCACGCCGUGAUCGAGGACGCCUUCUGGCUCAUGGCGGGGCUGUUCAACAGCGUCCUCAAGACGUACUAUGUCAAAGACCGAUUCGCGUUCCGGGUGGACCUUCACGUCUUUGGCGGGAUCCUGCAGGGCACCGAUCCGCAGCUGGCGCGUCUUUUUGCGGACGUGGGCAUCCUUCCCCAAGAUUAUCUCCCGCGGUGGUGGAUGGGAAUGUUCAUUCGCUCGCUGCCGUGGCCUACCGUCUUGCGCUUUUUUGACGCGGUGAUAUCCGAAGGCCCGCGCUAUGUCUUCAUCGCCUCGCUCGCCGUCCUCACCCUCAGCCGUGACCGCCUCCUCCGUCUCCCGCGCACGUCCCACGACGUGCUCAACUACCUGCACCGCUUGCCGCAGGACAACCUGCUGCUGCCGGACAACUUUAUUCGCGCGUGUGACGCGGUCAAGCUUACGGAUGCGGAUCUGAAGAAGCUGCGGACGAGCGUGAAGGCGUCGCUAGGCGGUAAUUCUGGUCGCCGAUAGGGGGAAGGAGGCUAUAUUGGCUCAUGUUGUAUGACAUGUCUCGCCUGUCUCACCGACAGCUGAGCUGAGCUGUUUUCCUGCAUAAGACUGUCGAUGCAGUGCGCAGUUGCAUGUAUUCCUGUUUCUUACCGUUUAUAUUAGCGUUGAUGCGAUGUCCAUUGCCCUCAUCG